AUGGCGGCCAAUAUUAUAUUUGUUGAUGAAGGAACUAUCGAUGAAGUUGUUGGUGGAGAGGAUAGCGAUUUUGAUGAAAACACGGAUAAUUCUGAAAGCAGCGAAGAAGAAGAUGGCAGAAGCGAAGAAGACAGUGAUGGCGAGGAGGAGAGCGAAGAAGAAACCGAAGAAGACAACUGGGUCCUUGGCGAUCGUAUCCCGCGAAGGCUUGACUUCACAGCUGAUCGAGGGUUGAAUGUGGAGCUUCCUGACAAUCCAUCAUUCUCUGACUACUUUCAUCUCCUCUUUCCUGAAAACCUAUUUGAUGAGAUUGCAUCCCAAACAAAUAAAUAUGCAAGGGAAACAAUCGCAUCUUUACAGCGAAGAGAUCGUUUACCUCAGCACUCGAGGUUUAGAAAUUGGCCUGAGGAUGGUGUGACAUCUGGUGAGAUGAAAGCUUUUCUUGCCAUGAUAACUGCAAUGGGCCUGGUGAAUCAAGAGAAUAUCCAGGAUUACUGGUCCACCGACGAGGUUUUAUCUACUCCCUUUUUCCCUCAAAUUAUGUCAAGAGACAAAUUCAUGAACAUUUUAACAUUUUUUCACUUGUGCAAUAAUGAUAAUUAUAUUCCUCGAGGACAGGAAGGGUAUAACCCAGUAAACAAGCUCGGCACUAUAUACAGUGUUGUCACUGGGAAUUUUUCAGAUGUCUGGAAGCCAGGCAAAAAUAUUUGCAUAGAUGAGGGAAUGAUUCCAUUCAGAGGAAAAGUGCACUUCAAAGGGUACAAUCCAGACAAGCCAGACAAGUAUGGUGUAAAGUCAUACCAGUUGUGUGACUCAAGUAAUGGCUAUUGUCGUAGGUUUGAAAUUUACACUGGUGUAAACCAAGAACCACCCAGUGCUAAAGGCAAAACAUAUGACUUAGUCAUGAGGCUCAUGCAACCUUAUUUGAAUGUGGGCAGAACACUGGGGCCUGUGGAACAGCCCGCUACAGGAAAGGUAUUCCCCAGGAAUUUAAAAGGGCACAAGUGA